UUGCAAAGUUCGUCCUCAAUCAACGCGUGUACGAAAUCAAGAGACAGGGCGAUGAACUCAUCAGCGGCUCGCGCAGCGCCGCCCAGCCCGAUUCUCCCCGCCGGCGUCCGCGUCGGCGCUCGCCCCGGCCGUGUCCUCCUUCCGCACAGCCCAGCCGGCGGCCGCUUUCCGCCCUCGCUUCGGUCUCCCGCGGCGACGACCCCGCGCGCCGAGGCUGGCGCGGCCGCCUUCACCGCCGUCGAGGAAGAGGGCUUCGAGGCGAGCCUCUACGACCUUCUCGGAGUGCCGUCCAGCGUCAGCGCCGGAGAGAUCAAGAAGGCCUACAAGCAUCUCGCCCGGAAGUACCACCCGGACGUCUCCCCGCCGGAGCGCGCCGAGGAGUACACCCAGCGGUUCAUCGAGGUCCAGGAGGCCUACGAGACCCUGUCCGACCCCCGCCGCCGCGCGCUCUACGACCGCUACAUGUGCAGCGGAUUCUCCGGCCUCCGCCGCUCCAACGAGGAAUCAAGUGUAAGAUCAACUUGGCGAGCACGAUGGAAUGAUCAAAUGGAGGAGUUGGAGAAGAAGAGCAAUAAUGAAAAUAACUUAUCGUGGGGAGCUCGGAUGAGGAAGAAGACGAUGGAAAUGAAUCAAUAUCAAAAUUAGGAAGAUUAGGAAGAUUGUUGGUUGAAUUAAAGAGAUUAUUGGUGAUAUGAUGUGAUAAUGAUCUUGGAGUUUGUUAGAUGUGUGGUUUUGGAAAAUUAAUGUAAUAAAUAAAUAAUGUAUUUAUGUGAAUAUUGUGAUUGAUAUAAUUAUAUAUAUUAUUGUGAA